GAGAACCCGGAGGGCGGCCCGGAGGCGGCGGCGGCGGCGGGGGGCGCCCCGGGCGGGCGGCGGACGCUGCCCCUUCCGGGAUGCCUGCCCACUCUAACCGGCUCCCAAGUGAAGAGGUUCUCGGCCUCCAAGCGGAAGCAGCACUUCAUCAACCAGGCCGUGCGGAACUCAGACCUCGUGCCCAAGGCCAAGGGGCGGAAGAGCCUCCAGCGCCUGGAGAACACCCAGUACCUGCUGACCCUGCUGGAGACAAACGGGGGCACGCCUGGUCCUGAGGACGGGGACCUGGCUCCCCCAGCGGCGCCCGGCAUCUUCGCGGAGGCCUGCAACAACGAGACCUACGUGGAGGUCUGGAACGACUUCAUGAACCGCUCCGGGGAGGAGCAGGAGCGGGUGCUCCGCUACCUGGAGGAUGAGGGCAAGAGCAAGGCGCGGAGGAGGGGGCCUGGCCGGGGCGAGGACCGCCGGAGAGAGGACCCGGCCUACACGCCCCGCGAGUGCUUCCAGCGCAUCAGCCGGCGUCUGCGAGCCGUCCUCAAGCGGAGCCGCAUCCCCAUGGAAACGCUGGAGACCUGGGAGGAGCGGCUACUCAGAUUCUUCUCGGUGUCCCCCCAGGCUGUGUACACGGCCAUGCUGGACAACAGCUUCGAGAGGCUCCUGCUUCACGCCGUCUGCCAGUACAUGGACCUCAUCUCGGCCAGUGCCGACCUCGAGGGCAGGCGGCAGAUGAAGGUCAGCAACCGGCACCUGGACUUCCUGCCGCCGGGGCUGCUCCUGUCCGCUUACCUGGAGCAGCGCAGCUGAUGGCGGCCCCGCAGCGCCCAGACCUCCCUACCAUCCGCUAAAAUAUCUUUAUUAUUUUUAAAAUUUGUCUUUGGAAAUGCAAUCUUCCCCCCUUGGGGUAGGUCUGUCUCACCCCGGCCCCCCUCCCUGCCCAGCCCUUCCAGAUAAACUCUGGCGGCUGGAGCUGCCCUGGACUAUAUCGGCCCGUAGCUCCUCGCUCUGGGACUUGUAUUUCGGCGGGGAGACCCGGCCUGGUCACUUCCAUGUUCCUUCUUCGUUCAGAUUUUUCUGCCUGUUCUGAAGCUUAAGCGAGGAGGGAGAGGCUGGGUUUUUAUCACUUUUAAUGAAUUUGAUGUGAUUUGUUGUAGAUUUUUAAAUUUCCCUUUUGGGAAGAAAAACCAAAAACUCGCCCCCACUGAUAAAUCCGGGGGUGUCGUUCCAGUCCCUGCUUGACCCCCCACUCCCAGUUUUUGGCUUCGUGGAGGUGGGUGGGGGAGUCUCUGGGGCCUCGUCCCUCGCCCUGGGACUGUCACGUCUUGUGUGUGUGUGCGUGCGCGCGCCUGGCGACCCAGGGCGGAAGCUGCGUUUGAAAUGCUGGUUUUACCCUCUUUUGGGGAUGUGUGUUGUCCUCCCCUGGUGUCUUUUGGUGGCUCUUGGGGCCCCGCCGGCUCUAUACACCCCCCCCCCCCCCCCCCCCGUUCUCCGCACCCUUCCUACCGGGGGUCUGGGACUUCCAGCCAGAAGCCUCCGCCCCCGGACCACCCCGGUUCCCCCUCCAUGUCCCCUCGGCGCUCCCAGCCUGAUGCUUUGGGGUGUCCUCGGGCUGGCCACUCCGGCCUGGGCCCCCAAGAGCAGGGCUGGGGGCGCCCCUCCCGUGCAUGUGUCUCAUUGUGCUUUGGGAAGAGUGCAGAGUCAAUAAAUUCCUGGUGCUCUUGUC